AUGCAUACUCCAAAAGAGAAUAUUUUGCAAAACAACACUGCACCUGCUGAGUUCAUCCUGAUGGGUCUGUCUGAGGACCCCAACCUGCAAAGUGUUUUCUUUUUCACUUUCCUGGCAAUCUAUAUCAUGACCCUGGCAGGAAACCUUCUCAUCAUUCUCCUUACAUUGGCUGACCCUGCUCUUCACACACCCAUGUAUUUCUUCCUGAGAAACCUGUCCUUUUUGGAGAUCUGCUACACAUCAGUCAAUGUCCCCAAGAUGCUAGGAAACCUACUCUCCGGGGGGAAAUCCAUCUCUUUCAUCAGUUGUGCCCUGCAGACCUAUUUUACUUUCUUGCUUGGUGGGUCAGAGUGUUUCCUCUUGGCUUCCAUGUCUUACGAUCGUUACAUUGCCAUUUGCAAACCUUUGCGCUACCAUAUCCUGAUGAACCGAAGAGCCUACACAAGUCUAGCUCUUGCAUCUUGGUUAAGUGGGUUGGUGAUGUCCUUUGGUCACACCAGCAUGGUUUUUACUUUGCCCUUUUGUGGGUCCAAUGUGAUCAACCACUUCUUCUGUGACAUCCCCCCUUUACUAAAAUUGGCUUGUGGCGACACCUCUAAGAGGGAAAUUGCAGUCUUUGCCAUGACCAUGAUAUUUGGGACUUGUCCCUUUAUCCUGAUUUUGAUGUCUUAUACUGGAAUCAUUGCUGCCAUUUUAAGGAUCUCAUCCUCUGAGGGCCGGAAGAAAACCUUCUCUACCUGUUCUUCACACCUCAUGGUCGUGACUUUAUUCUAUGGGUCAGCUUGUUUUACCUACUUGAAGCCUAAUUCCACUUAUUCACCAAAUACUGACAAAUAUAUUUCACUUUUCUAUACUGUCAUUAUUCCCAGUUUGGAUCCUGUCAUAUAUAGCUUCCGGAAUAAAGAGGUGAAGGAUGCCCUAAGGAGAAUUUGGGAGAGAAAACCUUUUGGAUAAUUAAAGAGCAUGGCCAUACCAGAUGGUAUCCAUAUCAGACUGAACCCAGGGGAGAAUCACAUCACUGCAGACUUUCUAACUUGGUUAUUUGGUGAGUUGGCACUCAUUUAAAA